UCCUGCCUCGCCGCCCCGCGCCGCGCCGCGCUCUCCGCGCUCCCCCAAAGUGGCUGCCGGCCGGACGCCCACUUUCGGGGUUCGGGGGACACAAAGUGAUGAGCGCCUUCUAAAGCCUCGCCGAGCAGCCGCCGGAGCAGCUCCGCCUCUCACUCCUCGUCUUGACCCUGCCCUCAACCCUCCCCAAAGCCACUUAGGGUCCGCGCGCUUGGGGAAGGGGGUGUCGCCGGCUGUCUGGGAUGGCUUCCAAUUUUAAUGACAUAGUGAAGCAAGGGUACGUGAGGAUCCGGAGCAGACGCCUAGGGAUUUAUCAAAGAUGCUGGUUAGUAUUCAAGAAAGCUUCAAGCAAAGGCCCCAAAAGACUGGAGAAAUUUUCUGAUGAACGUGCUGCAUAUUUUAGGUGUUAUCAUAAGUGAACAGAGGGAUGAUUGUUCCUGCUUCACUGAAGUCGUAGGGUUGACCAUGUAUCAGGUGACAGAACUCAACAACGUGAAGAACGUAGCUCGAUUGCCAAAGAGUACUAAGAAACACGCCAUAGGGAUUUAUUUCAAUGAUGAUACCUCCAAGACCUUUGCUUGUGAAUCAGAUCUUGAGGCUGAUGAAUGGUGCAAAGUACUCCAGAUGGAGUGUGUAGGGACACGGAUCAAUGACAUUAGCCUUGGAGAGCCUGACUUACUGGCUACCGGGGUUGAGAGAGAACAGAGUGAGAGAUUCAAUGUGUAUUUGAUGCCAUCUCCUAACUUAGAUGUACAUGGCGAAUGUGCCUUGCAGAUUACAUAUGAGUAUAUCUGUCUUUGGGACAUCCAGAAUCCCAGAGUCAAACUCAUCUCUUGGCCGCUAAGCGCCCUGCGGCGAUAUGGACGUGAUACCACGUGGUUCACUUUUGAGGCAGGGAGGAUGUGUGAGACUGGUGAAGGGCUGUUUAUCUUUCAAACGCGAGAUGGGGAGGCCAUCUAUCAGAAAGUCCACUCUGCUGCCUUGGCCAUAGCCGAGCAGCAUGAGCGCUUGCUACAGAGCGUGAAAAAUUCAAUGCUCCAGAUGAAGAUGAGUGAGCGGGCUGCCUCGCUGAGCACUAUGGUGCCGCUACCGCGCAGCGCCUACUGGCAGCACAUCACGCGGCAGCACAGCACGGGCCAGCUCUACCGUCUGCAAGAUGUUGCCAGCCCUCUGAAGCUUCAUCGAACAGAGACUUUUCCUGCCUACCGAUCUGAGCACUGACAGGAACUGCCAGGAGUUGUUAACGACUUGUGAUGUGCCAGCCACAGAUCUACCCUGGAGGUCACAGAAUGACAGCAAGGGAGACGAGGACAAAGAGAAAGAGCUUAAAGUCCUGCUAAUUGUGUGGUCAUUGGGGAAUUCUGCAAUACAACAUUUUUCUUCUCUUUUUCUUUUUUUUUCUUUUUAAUUUUUAGCAUAAUUGAAACAGGCUGGAUAGAUAUAGACUUUUUGUUCCCUCUUUUACAGUUGGACAGAAAGGAAUCAAUGCCACAGAAUGAUUUUCUAUUGUAGAUACCAUGUCCCUUGCACUUCUCUGAAUCUGUCCGUUUGUGGAUUCUUGUGAUUUUCCUUCUGAGUGUUUCAAUUGUAUGGCGGUCAGUAUUGACAAUAAAAUGGCUCUUAAUUAUU